AUGGCGUCGCAAGUUGGAGCCAUCAACUCGGUGAAUGCGCUCAUCUCGAGGGUAUUCGUGCAGCCGAAGGGUGAUUUGGUGAGACUGGCCGAGUUUUUGAUUUGAUAUUAUGCUUGUCACAGGCGGACCGUCUCAACUCUCGCAUCACCGUCGUCAUCCUGGCCGUCUCGUCGGCGCUCUUGCUCUCGAGCCACUUUAUCGGCGACCCGAUCACGUGUUGGACACCCGCACAAUUCACGAAACCUUGGUAAGAAAAAGAAGAAGAAGAGCUGAAAAAAUUGGCUAUUUGUUGUAACCGACAGGGUGGACUUUGUGAAUCAGUACUGUUUUGUGCACGGCACCUACUUUGUUCCACUCGACGAGCAGCUCUCUUUUGACGAAGAGGAACGGUAAGACCGCCUUUUUUUUUGAAGUUUUUAAGAACUAUUAUUCAUAUUCAGAAAAAAAGUGACAAUACAGUACUAUCAGUGGGUUCCGUACGUCUUGGCGCUUCAGGCCUUUCUCUUCUACAUUCCGAGAUUUGUGUGGAAGUCUUUGAUUGCUUACAGUGGUAGGUUAGAGUUGCGAAUAUCCAAUUAAAAGACGUUAUAUUCUACUUGAAAAGUAUUUAAUUGAAAUUUGCACAUUUUGCAGUACGUUUUUCUACGGUUUUAGGUAGCUCAAACUUCCAAGAGCUACAGUACUCGUAAGAGUGGUCGUAGAAAUAAGUGUUCAACUACGAAAAUAUAGUACAAGACGUGUACUUUCAUUUUGUAAUUGACACUUUUUUUGUACCAUCACUCCUAGGACUACUGUAGCUGUUUGAAGUUGUGGCUAUCUGCUCUACGACAAGUUCUCCACCCAAUUUCCAGGCUACGAUCUCGCUGGAGCCGUCAAGUACGUCGACCGUUUCUGGGGAUCCGUGAAGGACCGCGACGACACGUUCAAGUGCCGGCUCGCCGCUUUCGAAGGCCGUCCGUCGGUGUACGUGUGGGACGGAAUCCGAUUGGCGCGGAAGAAGCGCAGCAAGGACAUGGCCCUCUUCUACACACUUUCGACGGUCUGGCAGUUUCUGAACGCGUGGCUCCAGUUUUAUAUUCUCAACGAGCUGCUCGAUUCUCCGUUGUACUCGUUGUGGGGCCCGUCGUUGUUGACCGACUUGGUCAGCGGACGCGAUUGGCAGACUACCGGACACUUUCCGAGAGUUGUGCACUGUGAUUUUAACAGAAGACGUCCAGCAAGUGUUCAGGUAGGGUCGCGGAAUUGCUAAACUACUACACUAGCACUGGCGCUUUUGAGAGCUACAGUAAUCCAGAGAGUUGUUGUAGAGGAAAGUGAUCAACUACAAAAAUACAGUACUAGAUGUGAUUCCAAUUUUUGUAGUUGACAAUUUUCCUCUACGACCACUGCCUGGAGUAGUAUAGGCUCUAGAAAGUUGGGUUUGAAAAGCCGAACGUCCAAGAGCUACAGUACACCAGGGAGUAGAUCUGGAAAAAAGUGAUCAACUGCAAAAAUGUUCAAAUAGAUGUGUAGAUUGAGCUCAAAAAAUUUUAGAGCCGUGCAACUUCUCCUAACUCUACAAUACUCGUUUAAAGUUAGUUGGCAGUUUCCGCUAUUGUAGAUCUUCAAACGCGACAAACGUUAAUUUCCAGAUGGACACGGUCCUUUGCGUGCUCACCCUGAACAUCUACUACGAGAAGCUCUUCAUUUUCCUCUGGUUCUGGCUUCUUUUCGUCGCCAUCUACUCGACAAUCAACUCGUUCACGUGGAUCUGGUCGCUGUGCUCUUCUGGAAAGGUACGGGUUGGAUUACUGUAGCCUCAACUUUCACUAAUCGAUAUUGUAGGCCCAGAAAACGAUUCGCAACUACCUGUCAACUGCGCCGAUGAAGUCGCAAAUCAGCGACGAGGACUUUUUCCAGGCGCUCGGUCCCGACGGCAUUUUCAUAGUGCAACAGAUGGCGCUGAACUUGGGAGACAUUCCGGCAAGGUAUGCAAGUGCGCUCCAUCGGACUGAGCGUUGGAAAAAAUCGAUAAAGCCGCCCAAAAUUUGCUUGCAGCUAUCUGACAAUUUCGAUGCGAAACAUUGCUCAAAACUUUCUCGAAACGGACGACUACGACGACAACGAACGGACGCCGCUGACUCAAAUCAAAACGAUUAAACACACCUGA